AUGACCCGCGCCCAGCAAACCAUCUCCUUCGGCCUACUGGUCUCCUCCGUCUACCUUGCUCUCUACCUUGAGCUGAUUCCCCUCCCUCCUCUGAUCCAGAACGAGAUUGUCCCUGUUCUUCCCUUCUGGGCUCUCGUUUCCUUUGGCGCUCUUCUUCUCUUCCGUCUCGGCUUCGGCAUUCUUACCUUCAACGAUGUCCCCGAGGCGCACAAGGAGCUGAUGGACGAGAUUGAAACUGCCAAGGUCGACCUGCGCAAGCUCGGCGUCGAUGUCGACUAA